UUCAACAGGUGUGCUCGGGUGUGCUCAGGUGGGACUCGAUUAACACCUCAAUUUUUGGACUAGUUUACUCAGAAAACAAAAACAAAAUUUGACUUACAUUCGUGGAAAAUGAAAGCACCUGAGAAAGAACUGAUGGGAGACAUUCUGAAGCGUUUGACGGGAGAGUCCGCUUUACCCGUUUACUCCAACAUCGAGAAGUACAAACGAGGCAAGGACGGGCAAUACUUCGUGGCCGAAGACUUCAUUGAAACUGUGAAAAAACGAGAAAUGGUUAACGCCAAGGAGCGACUCAGAAUCCGAAACUUGAACACCAUGUUUUCACGGCUGAAGCGGAUGGUUCCUCUGAUGCGUCCCGACAGAAAGCCCAGUAAAGUGGACACGCUGAAGGCUGCGACCGAGUACAUAAGACUGCUCGUGGCUGUUCUGCAGGAUACGGACGGUAAUAAUGGCGAUGGUGCGGAUUAUCUGAAGAAUGCAAUAACGUACUGUCAAAAUGAAGAAUUGAACAAUGACCUAUGGAGGGUGGAGGACUUCCUAAACUUGCCCGAAGAUGAGGUGUUUGCGGUGGGGUCUGAGUCUGGAGCAGAGGAUGGAGACUUAACGAGACUGGUCUUGCAGGAUUGUUCAUACCAGUUCAUCAUCCAAGUGUCUCCAGACCAAACUACGAUGCCCUCACCGUGCUGAAAUGGAGACGUGCACACACCGCUAGGAGCAAGGACCAAAAGUUUACUUGCCAAAAAAAAAAAACUCAUGGAGCUUGUCUCCAUGGUUAAUAUUCAAGUCCAAGGACUCCUGCUGUGUGCAAAGGCUACCCUCGUGUGGUGUGAAGUUUUUUCUCCCAAAUUAGACUUCGUGCAUUUCAGAAAAUUUGAGUAAAUAAAAUGAAUGAUAAGAGAGCUUCUAGUCUGAUAAAGUAAUCCUGUAUAUGUGACAGUGUUUUUUUUCCCCCUCUGCAAUCUUACUUUCAACUGGUUGAUCAUAAUUCAUUUAAUUAAAAAACAAAUAUUGUUUUGUUUUAUGAAAUUGUGGAACAUAAUUUAAAGAAAUAAUUCAUUUAGUUUGCUUUUCAGAAAUAUAAGUUGUGUCUAAAUAUGUGAGAACAUGAACCUUUAAUAGUCAUUUAAUCACAAGAAAAUGCACUGACAUAAUUUAAGUGAAAACGUUUUUGUACAGUUGUGUAUAUUUCUUUGUCUAAAUUGUGCAUUUUACAAAAUACUCUAAGUUGUAAUGAAAUGCUAUCCUGGUUAGUGACUCUGUACUGUGCAUGGAGGGCAUAAUUGUUUCAGUAUGCAUAGUGACAAAGCACUUGAUGUAGGCCUACAUUUUUCUUAUGUUUAUUUUUUUAUAUAAAGGACAUAAUUUGAGCUUAGGAAACUACAAUAUUUCAUUUGUAUUAUGCAAUUUUGCCAAACUUCAUCAGAAGUGUAUACAAUCUCAUUGCUAUCUGUAACAACUUAAUUUAUAUAUGGAAUUUAUGGAAAUGAGCAGAAUAAAUACGUUUUGUUUGGGAAAAUAAAAGUUCUGCAUAACGAUGUCUUGAAUGCAGGAAAAUUAAGAUUACUCAAGCAUGUAUGAAUCACUAUCUAAAACUCUAAAUAUAACUUUUUACAAUCAUUUAUUUUACUGAAUUUAAACAAAG